CGGUCACACAGCAACGGAGCACAACAAAAUACGUAUUUUUCUGCCCACCAAAGUGUCGAAAAACAAUCUAAGGCAGCACUGCAGGAGCCAAUAUUCGAUGUAAACGAUUAACUUAACUGACACUUUAACAAAUUUCCCCAAACAAUAAAAAAGUUGAUCGUCGGAUAUUCUCAAAAGGAAGGCCCUUUAGUCACAUAAAAAACACCGAAACGCCGAAGGAAAAGAAAAAGAAAGGACAGCAGGCGAGAAAUCCAGAAUGGGCGGCUCGGCAGUGCAGGUGAUCAACGCCUCCGAGGAGCACACGUUCGUGCUCAACGAGGAGGCCCUGAGCGAAGUGCUCAUGCGCGACGAGGUCAAGGACCGGUUCGUGUGCGUCGUCUCUGUGGCUGGAGCGUUCCGCAAGGGCAAAAGCUUCCUGUUGGACUUUUUUCUGCGAUACUUGUACUCAAAGUAUGUACACCAUGAUGUGUCGGAUUGGCUGGGUGAUGAAUCAGAGCCCCUGUCAGGAUUUUCGUGGCGCGGCGGUUCCGAGCGUGACACCACCGGCAUCCUCAUGUGGUCCGACAUAUUCCUGCACGACUACCCCAGCGGCGACAAGAUAGCCAUCAUCCUGCUGGAUACACAGGGCGCCUUCGAUAGCCAGAGCACCGUCCGUGAUUGUGCCACUGUCUUUGCGUUGAGCACGAUGCUGUCCUCGGUACAGAUAUAUAAUUUGUCACAAAAUAUCCAGGAGGAUGACCUGCAGCAUCUGCAGCUCUUCACUGAGUACGGCCGCCUGGCACUGGCCGACACCGGCAAAAAGCCGUUCCAGCGCCUUCAGUUCCUUGUCCGCGACUGGAGCUUCCCCUACGAAGCGGAGUACGGGGCCUUGGGUGGUGACAAGAUACUCAAAAAGCGGCUGGAGGUGUCUGACAAGCAGCACCCCGAGUUGCAGUCCCUGCGCCGCCACAUCUCGUCCUGCUUCACAGAGGUGGCCUGUUUCCUGAUGCCGCAUCCGGGUCUGAAUGUUGCCACAAAUCCUCAAUUUGACGGAAAGCUCAAGGAUAUCACGCCCGAGUUUAAGAACAGCCUGCGCACCCUGGUACCCAUGCUGCUGGCGCCGGACAACCUGGUCUACAAGGAAAUCAGCGGUCAGCGAGUGCGGGCACGCGAUCUCAUCCAGUACUUCCAGUCGUACAUGAACAUCUACAAGGGCAACGAGCUGCCCGAGCCGAAGAGCAUGCUGGUGGCCACCGCCGAGGCUAACCAUCUGACUGCCGUAGCCGCCGCUAAGGAGCUGUACCAACAGCUCAUGGAGGAGGUUUGCGGCGGUACGCGGCCGUACUUAAGCACCGCCCACCUGGAAACGGAGCACAUCCGGGUUAAAGACAAGGCCCUCUUUCAGUUUGCCACCAAGCGCAAGAUGGGCGGCGAAGAGUUUACCGAGAAGUUUCGCCAGCAACUGGAGGACGAUCUUGAGGAGGUCUUUGUCAACUAUCGGGCGCACAACGAGAGCAAGAACAUCUUUAAGGCAGCCCGCACCCCGGCGGUGUACUUCGCCUGUGCUGUCAUUAUGUACAUCCUCAGCGGCAUCUUCGGUCUCGUUGGCCUCUACACAUUUGCCAACUUCUGUAAUCUGGUCAUGGGCGUAGCGCUGCUCACGCUGGCCUUGUGGGCCUAUAUCAGAUAUAGCGGGGAGCUGAGUGACUUCGGCGGCAAAUUGGAUGAUUUUGCCACGCUCAUGUGGGAGAAGUUUAUGCGGCCAAUUUACCACGGAUGUAUGGAAAAGGGCAUCCAACAUGUGGCUACGCAUGCGACCGAAAUGGCUGUGGGUGGUAGCGGCGCGGCCGGUUACCGAACCCAGACAUCGGUGAAUGCGUCCAACGGCAAGGUGAAGCGCUCAUGAGAAUACGCCCAAGGAGUGCAGCACAAGACGCAGCAGCCGCAGCAGCAGGUGCCUUCGCCGUCGGCGGUUAACAUCAACUGCACUAAUAAUAACAACAACAACAAUACGGUAAACAAAUCAAACAAAAGCAACGGCAACAUCGAGGCCCGCGGUUUCAUCCACAACAUCUGGCGGAAGUUCACCAACAGCGACAGCAACGAAUCAAUGGCCCCAGCCACUAGCCCAAGUCCCUCGGUCCCAGCUCCCAACAGUCGCAAAAAGCGCAAAGCGAAGCGCAACUAAAUGUCCAGGGACCCCGAAAGAAAUGGAAGUCAGCCCCCCCUCUGGUAGUAUGUAUAAACCGACGAUAACUUUCUAUAUAGUGCGUGAGAACGAGAACCAGAAACACAAAUGUCUAGCUGUUAAAUGCCCUGAAAGGAAGUUGUUUUUAUAUUGCAUCCAAUUUUGAAGUGUAGUUGGUCUAAAUUACGUAUAUAUAUAUUUAAGGAUCAUUAGUAAGUGGCUCGCAUCCGUUGAGAAGUAACAUUUUAAAUUGUUUUUUACACACGAUAUGCGUAUACACAUAAAAAAAUUCAACGCUGUAAUAUAAAAAGAUCGCUAACGAA